AUGGGAGUACCAGCAUUCUUUCGAUGGCUAAGUCGUAAAUACCCUAGCGUUAUUGUCGAAUGUGUUGAACAGAGGCCAACCGACGUAGAUGGCCAGCUUAUAUAUGCAGACUCCUCAUUACCAAACCCUAAUGGGAUCGAAUUUGAUAACCUAUAUUUGGAUAUGAAUGGGAUCAUCCAUCCUUGUACACAUCCUGAAGAUAAACCGCCUCCCAAGGACGAAGAUGAGAUGAUGGUGGCUAUCUUCGAAUGUAUCGACAGGUUAUUCCGCAUCGUAAGACCGAGGAAACUGUUGUACAUGGCUAUUGAUGGAGUUGCACCUAGAGCUAAAAUGAACCAACAAAGGUCUCGGCGAUUCAGAGCGUCUAAAGAGACACAGGAAAAAAUAGAAGAAAUAGCUCGGAUCAGAAACGAGCUGCAAGUCAAAGGGGCUUACUUACCACCAGAGAGACCCAAAGAGGCACAUUUUGACUCCAACUGUAUCACUCCAGGAACACCUUUCAUGGAUCGGCUGAGCAAGUGCUUACAUUACUAUAUACAUGACAGAUUAAACAAUGACCCUGGCUGGAAGGGGAUCAAGGUUAUACUAUCAGAUGCUAAUGUGCCGGGGGAGGGGGAGCAUAAAAUUAUGGAUUACAUCAGGAGACAAAGGGCCCAGCCAGACCACGAUCCCAACACUCAGCAUGUGCUGUGUGGAGCCGAUGCUGACCUCAUCAUGUUAGGGCUGGCGACCCACGAGCCAAACUUCACUAUAAUCCGCGAGGAGUUCAAACCCAACAAGCCUAGACCGUGUGAUGUCUGUGGACAGCUAGGUCAUGAAAUGAAGGAGUGUACCGGAACUACUCCGGACGCCUCACUGGUACGAUCUGAUCCAUCCUUUGGUAACCAGGACAGCUUCAUCUUCGUGAGGCUGACGGUACUGAGGGAGUAUUUAGAGAAGGAGCUGAGUAUGCCGAACCUCCCUUUCAGCUACGACUUCGAGCGCGCGCUGGACGACUGGGUGUUCAUGUGCUUCUUCGUGGGAAACGACUUUUUGCCUCAUCUACCCUCGCUGGAGAUACGCGAGGGGGCGGUGGACCGGCUCGUUAACUUGUACAAGAAAUGUGUUUAUAAGACUAGGGGUUGGAUCACAGACUCAGGCGACGUGAAUCUUGACCGGGUACAGGUCAUCAUGGAUGAGCUGGGACGAGUGGAAGAUGAGAUCUUCAGGAGACGGCAUCAGAACGAGCUCAGCUUCAAGGCGAGGGAGAAGCACAAGAAACAGCAGAAGAUUAACUUCGAAUUACUGGAGAAGACGCAGUUCGCACCCAUGAAAGUGGGAGAGGAGACUAAAACAGUGGAGAACGCUCGCAAGGAGGCGGCCAACAUACGACUGGCGGGCAUGCAGGCUGUGGCAGAGGCGGAGAAGGAACAGCGCGGUCAGAAGCGGUCGGCGGAGCAGGCGGGGCUGGACGAUGAUGACGCUCAUGAUGAAGUGAGGCUCUGGGAGGAGGGCUUCAAGGAGAGAUACUACGAGAGCAAGUUCGAGGUGGCCAGGGACAACCUGGAGUUCAGGUACCGCGUGGCGCUGCAGUACGUGCGCGGCCUGUGCUGGGUGCUCCGCUACUACUACCAGGGCUGCGCCAGCUGGAAGUGGUACUUCCCGUAUCACUACGCGCCCUUCGCCUCCGACUUCGUCAACAUCCAGGGCCUGUCCACCAAGUUCGAGCGAGGCACGCAACCGUUCCGUCCCCUGGAGCAGCUGAUGGGCGUGUUCCCGGCCGCCAGUUCGCAGCACGUGCCUCGACCCUGGGCCACGCUUAUGUCCGACCCGUUCUCCCCCAUCAUCGACUUCUACCCCACGGAUUUCAAGAUAGAUCUGAACGGGAAGAAGUUCGCGUGGCAGGGAGUCGCGCUGCUGCCCUUCGUCGAUGAAAACAGACUGUUCAAGGCGUUGGAGCCAUACUACGACGACCUCACACAGGCUGAGAAGCAACGCAACAUCAAAGGCCACGAUCGUCUGUACGUAGCGCCGGCCAACAAGAGCUAUGAGUUCUUGUCUUCCUUAUACUCGGAGGCGGGGGACGACUUGACCCGGCUCAUACAGACGGAACAGAAGUACCCCUACAGGUGUGACGGGGUCCGCGGGGACGUCAUGCUUAGCGCGGACUGUGUACGACUUGGAGGUCAGCUGCCGUCGCCAGUAGUGGGUUUGGAACCGGUUACGGAUAACCGGGUGGUGUGUGUGAGGUACCAGGACCCGCAGUUCCCGGACGAGUUCGUGUUCCCGGCCAGGAGGCUGCGGGGGGCCGUCGACCCGCCCAGGGUACUGAAACCUGGGAACCUGUCACACCAGGAGAACAGGAACUGGCGACCGCAGAUAGGUAUGGUCCGGUCGCACACGAUAGCGUCCCUGGAGGUGGCCGGUCACCGCAUGCUGGGCCACCAGCUGGCUCGGAACACACACGGGAACGUGCCCCCGCCGCAACACAAUCGGUCGCAAUCCUUCGGUCCUUACCGUGGCGGGUACGUGCCCAGUCAGGGUUACAACCAGGGCUACAACCGCUCAUACAACACACAGGGGCAGGACAGAGGGUACAACCAGGACAGGGGGAACCACAACCAGGGUUACAGACAGAACUACAACAGCAACCAGAACUACAGACAGAACCAAGGUUACUCGCAGAACAAGUACCAGGGAGGGUACCAGAGGCAGGGCAGCGACAGGCAGGGGUACGGACAGGGGAACAACCAGAACCAGAGACCUUCUGGCUCAAGUCGCUAUCAGGGAAACUCGACGUGGCGCUGA